GGCUUGUCUAAUUCAAACUUGAGGUCAGCAUUUGAGAAGACGGGCAUAUACCCUUUCAACCCAAGUGCAAUCAGCGAUGACCAGUUUACACCAUCAAAGCCUUACUCAGAUGAAUUGAAACUCACUGAAACCCAAGAGAGUACUGCAAAUUGCCAACAUGGAAAUGAAAACACAUGUAGGGAAUUCUUCAGAGCAGCAGAAGAGUUUGUGGAGAAAAAAAGGUGACAUAUAACAGUAAAAAACUCAAUAAAGGUAUAAGUGGUGUUGUAGCUGGAAAGGAAAUAACAAAUCAUAACAUUGUAAAUGAAAUAGCUGAAAUUCAAAAGUCAAAGCCUAACAAGCAAAAGCAGAAAAUGUCAAAGAGUCUGAGUGCAUCUAGUUCAGAACCAAAGCAAAGGAUGACAAGUAAAGUACCCUCUGUGUCUGAACAUGUUGAAAGAAAGAAAAGAAAACUUGACUCUGCAGCUUCAUCACAAAAACCAGGUCCAUCUGGAUGCCAGAUUAUUCCAGUUAGUGACAGUGAGUCUGACCUUUCAGCUGAAGAGGAGAUGUCUGCAGAUGACUUGUGCUGUGUAUGCAAGCAAUUCCAGCCAAAGGAAAUGAAAAACUGUAUCUCUUGUAUUUGUCAAAAACGCCAGAGACUGGAUCAACAAUUUGCUGAUAAUGCUACUAAUACGGACUCUAUGCAAUCGUCAAUUUUCACCAUCCCUUUACGUACAAGACAUGCUAUGAUGCCCCGGGAUGCUUCUGGUUCUACACCACCUAGAGCGCAGGCAAAUCCGGAAUAUGCUGCUGAAUUGACUGGAUUGGCUUCGGAGGAAGAUUACUCAACUCAUUAUUACUAUUAUGUACAUGUUGGCGGAAGCAUAGGAAGACCAGAAACCUGGACAAUGGUUCCACAUUUGAACGACCAUUAUUUGACACCAGUAUUCGUAUUCACGGAACAGCCACGUUUGUCUUCAACCGAUGGGAAUUUAACAGAACAACCGGAAGAGCAACAUUAUGCCCACAUACGACCACCUUCAUGCGAGCAACAAAUAGAUCAGCCUGCUCCGUUACCACCUCCUUGUCAGAAACAGCCUUGCAACGUAUCCCUUCAACCAUACGAACAUAACCAGGAUGACAACGAUAUACCUUUGUACAGGAGACAAACAGCCGUGUCUUCCAAUAUUUUGGGAUGUUCUCCGAAAACGACUGCAAUAUACGAGAGUCUAAUGGUUCUUGGGGGAAAAAUGAGUUCUUUUGAUAAUGGGUGCGAGAGAUGGGAAUAUAAAAGUGAAGGUCCUAUGAGUCUAGCUGGUACUGGUGAUGUACAAAAGAAAAACACAAUGGAAUGA